AUGAUGGAUCACCUGAGCCUGGUGCCCUACGAGGGAGGCAGCGGCGCCGGGGGCGACGCCGGGGCCAAGUACAAGGAGUGCAUGCGCAACCACGCCGCCGCCAUGGGCGGCCAGGCCUUCGACGGCUGCGGGGAGUACAUGCCGGCCUCGCCCGACUCGCUCAAGUGCGCCGCCUGCGGCUGCCACCGCAGCUUCCACCGCCGCGCGGGUAGCCUCGCGGGCGGGGCCUGCCCGGCGCCCUUCUUCUUCAGCCCGCCCCCGCCGCCGCCCCCGCACCAUCACCCGCAGCCGCACCACCCCGUGCUGCAGGGCUUCCUCCCGUCGGCGCCCCCGCGGCCGCCCCAGCUCGCGCUGCCGUACCACGCCGUGCCCGCCGCGUGGCACCACGCCCUGCUGGACCCCGCGCGCGCCGGCUCGGAGACGCCUCCCCGGGCGGACGACUGCAGCCCCGGGUGCGGGAGCGGGAGCUUCUCGAGGAAGCGGCACCGGACCAAGUUCACCCCGGAGCAGAAGGAGAGGAUGCGCGCCUUCGCCGAGAAGCAGGGGUGGCGCAUCAACCGCGACGACGGCGGCGCCCUCGAGCGCUUCUGCCUCGAGAUCGGCGUCAAGCGGAACGUCCUCAAGGUCUGGAUGCACAACCACAAGCACCAGCUCGCCUCGCCCACCUCCGUCGCGGCCGGUAUGGGCAUGGGCAUGGGGAUGGGCAUCGGCAUCAACCCAGGAGCCCUCGGCACCGGCACUGGGACCGGCGCUGACGCUGGCGUUGGCGUUGGCGGUGGCGUUGGAGCGGGCACCGGCGACGGCGACGGCGACGACGACGACACGGACGACGACUCGCCUCCACGCGCCGCCGUCUCGUCGCCCUCCCCCUCCCCCAUCAGCGUCUAG